GGACAUGGUACGGAUAAGUGCUUGUAUUUUUGUGCAUAUACCAUCAUCCUCCCUCUCACAAGCUCUCAAACUUGUAAACAUCAAUGCACUACUAAUUUCCAACGAAAAAUUCCUUUACUGCUGCAAAUCAUCUCUCUACCAUUCUCUCUCUCUCUACUCAACCCAAGAUCAAUGGCCCAACAAUUAUAUCCCUCUGAUUGAACUGGAUAGAAAGGAAGGAACAAACUAGCACAGCAUUUUGAUCUCCCUCACGGUCGUCUUUAACUGCUGUUUAGCGUUUGUAUGUUACCGGCAGCUUGGUGUGAUUGAUGCUGCAUAGGAGGUAGGCGAGUAGAUCAGAUAUGGCGGAGGUUCCCGGCGAGAAGAGUGCGACUGUGGCGCCUGAAGUGUGCCCCGGCGAGGACGGCGGCAAUGUGUCGGCGUCUUUCAAGGAAGGCAAGACGUUGAGGAGAAGGGCGUCGGUGAGGCGGAGCCUGGACGCGGAUGAGUUCAUUAAUCUGCUGCAUGGCUCGGAUCCGGUGAAAAUUGAGCUCAAUCGACUUGAGAACGAAGUCAGAGACAAAGAGCGGGAAUUAUCGGAGGCUCAAGCCGAGAUCAAGGCUUUGAAGUUGUCUGAGCGCUUAAGAGAAAAGGCUGUGGAAGAGCUCAAUGAUGAGCUGUUGAGGGUCGAGGAGAAGCUCAAGUUGGCUGAGUCUUUUGUAGAAAGCAAAAACCUUGAAAUUAAGAAAAUAAAUGAUGAAAAGAAGGCUUCGAUGGCAGCACAGUUUGCUGCAGAAGCCACUCUCAGGAGGGUUCAUGCUGCUCAAAGGGAUGAUGAUAUGCCUCCAAUUGAAGCAAUUCUUGCACCUUUGGAGGCGGAACUCAAGUUGGCUCGGCAGGAGAUUGCAAAGCUUCAAGAAGAUAACAAGGCAUUGGACCGGCUCACCAAAUCAAAGGAGGCAGCUUUACUUGAAGCUGAGAGAACAGUUCAGUCAGCACUAGCAAAAGCUUCUAUGGUGGAUAUUCUCCAGAACAAGAACCAAGAAUUGAUGAAACAGAUAGAAAUUUGCCAGGAAGAGAACAAAAUUUUGGAUAAAAUGCACCGUCAAAAGGUUGGGGAGGUUGAAAAGCUUACCCAAACUGUACGUGAGCUUGAGGAAGCUGUUCUUGCCGGUGGUGCAGCUGCAAAUGCUGUUAGAGAUUACCAACGCAAAGUGCAAGAGUUGAAUGAAGAGAGAAAAACACUUGACCGGGAGCUGGCUCGUGCCAAGGUAACCGCAAACAGAGUAGCAACUGUAGUUGCUAAUGAAUGGAAAGAUUCUAAUGAUAAAGUAAUGCCUGUAAAGCAGUGGCUUGAAGAGAGAAGGUUCUUACAGGUAGAAAUGCAACAAUUGCGGGAUAAGCUAGCAAUUUCUGAACGAGCUGCAAAAUCAGAAGCCCAGUUAAAAGAAAGAUAUCACCUAAGACUUAAGGUCUUGGAAGAAACUAUAAGAUCAUCUAGCACCAAUGUUCGCAGCACCCCAGAUGGAAGAUGUUCAUCAAAUAAUGGUCCUUCACGACGGCAAUCAUUAGGUGGUGUUGAAACUGUUUCAAAAUUGACCCUAUCUGGAAUUUUACCCAAGAGAUCACCGUCCUUUCAGUAUAGAUCCUCUUCUGCUGGGACCUGUACUGUGUUGAAGAAUGCAAAAGGGACAUCAAAGUCAUUUGAUGGUGGCUCAAGGUCAUCUAACAGCGGCAAAAACCUUCUUAAUUGCAUUGGUCCAAAUUUCAAGCAAAGCCAGUCAUGUGAUGGGGCCAAGGAUAGUGAGGCUCAAAAUAAUAAGACCUUGAAAGUAAAUCAAGACGAAAAACCUGAUGACUCGCGACUCGCAGAAACAGAGGAUACUGUGCCAGGAGUAUUGUAUGAUGUACUUCAGAAGGAAGUGAUUUCAUUGAGGAGAGCUGGUCAUGAAAAGGAUCAAAGUCUUAAAGACAAGGAUGAUGCUAUAGAGAUGUUAGCUAAGAAAGUUGACACCCUUACAAAAGCAAUGGAAGUUGAGGCUAAAAAAAUGAGAAGGGAGGUUGCUGCCAUGGAAAAGGAGGUGGCUGCAAUGCGGGUUGAGAAGGAGCACGAGAAUAGGACAAAGCAGUUUGGAAACUCCAAGGGUCUUGUCAACAGUUCUCAGCUUCUUCCUGGAAGGGCUGUAGCAAGAGGUGGAGUAACACGCAGCAUGCAAUAGUAGUAAAGGUAUUCUGUAGUACUGUUGUCGUAAGAAGUAAUUCUGCACAUACCACUCUGAAUUCCUUAUUCUAUUUAUCCUAUUUUACCCUUUGUAUUGUUUAAUUAUAAAAAUGACACCGGCGUGAAAAACGACUUUGGUCCCUCUGCACUAGUCGGAACACAGAAAUUUUAGGAAAGCGGAGGAAACCAAUUUGGUGUAUUUCCAAGUAUACAGACCACCGAUAGGUAUCCUGUCCGUGGUUGUGGCAGCAUGAAAUUUCGUUGUAUGGGAAGAGAACCCGAUUAGGGAAUGUUAAUUAUGCUUCUGACUUAGAUUGAGUGAUCCAUCUUCUUAGAAAUUGGGAAGAAAUAAACCAUCAAGAUUGAGCCAACUCUUUUGGCAGAAUGAAAUCAGAGGCAGUGAGUGUGAGGCUGUAUAGAUAUGGUUUGAUAUCAUUUACAUGUUUGCAGUCUGUAUUUGCCAUAGAUACAAUGUAAGCUGGUGUGAUAUAUUAACCAUUCCAAUUUGCAUUACAGUGAGGGACUUGCAUAUAGUCUUUUGAUUUCAAGAUUUCGUGCAAGAGAUUUAAGAAUUCAAGUGUUCUGUUGCAUUUUUCAGG